AUGCCUUUUGUCCACGGCGAUAUGCUCCUAGCCUGUCCAAGGUUUACAAGUGCCUACAUAUAUCGGCGACCAAUCCCGUCUUCGUUCAGGCAGGUCUCUCGCCUUGCGAAGAAGACAAUCAGGACGGACGAUUCGUCUACAACGUCUUCAUCAAUAGACAAUUCUACGAUUCUGGAGGCGUGGAUAGAACCGUUACCUCAAGUAGAUGGUGGCACAGAGAACGGACUGUGA